AUGGCAGACGCAAAGGCCCAGAAACGCCAGAAGUUCGAGGACGUCUUCGCCGUGCUCCACGACAAGCUCCUCGUGUACCAUACCUCCGCCAGAAGGGCAUGCCCCAGGACGCCGUCGACUGGUACUACCGCGGCUCCCGCACACCGAAACUCGACGGGCUCUAUUAUCUGCCAGGUGUCUGCGCGCGCCGCAAAGGAGCGUGGCGGGCUCGGGAGCAAGGUGUCUGCGCGCGCCGCAAAGGAGCGUGGCGGGCUCGGUGCAGAGCAAGGCCGUCUCGCGCUCCGUGGCCAUCUUGCGGUCGUCCCGGUCCGCACCGCAACCCCGUUUUGGGUGUAUCACAUCGAGCUCGCUUCGGACUCUCGUGCCUGUCCCUGCCAACCCUCGCUAUUUCGCGAUGGCGAGGCUCUGGCCUCGAUACUCACGAUGGCGGACACUGUGCAUGCGAACGCACACGUGGUACGCGCGGCGCUGCAAUCCGCGUAG